GCACCGAGGGAAAACCCACUGGAUUACCAGCUGUAUCUCGCCCAUGAAGCACAUACAGUCUAUUUUUCUUGGAUUGUACUCAGAUUAACCGAGUUGGGUCCACCACUGUUAAUCUCCUUAGCCAAGAGCGGCGGCAGUGCUAACACAGCUCCGGCAGCGAGAGAGAGAGACACCCCUCUACCUGGAGAGGAAGCCAGGGACCCGGGGCAGUCAUGGCAGCGAACAUGUACCGGGUUGGAGAUUAUGUUUAUUUUGAGAACUCGUCCAGUAACCCACUGCUGAUCAGGAGAAUAGAGGAGUUGAACAAGACAGCCAAUGGGAACGUGGAGGCCAAAGUGGUGUGUUUUUACCGGCGCAGGGACAUCUCCAGCACACUCAUCGCCCUGGCAGACAAACAUGCAAGGGAGCUGGAGGAGGAGAUGGAGAAUCCAGAGAUGGUGGACCUCCCGGAGAAACAGAAACAUCAGCUCAGACACAGAGAGCUCUUCCUGUCCCGCCAGCUGGAGUCCUUACCUGCCACGCACAUCAGGGGGAAGUGCUGUGUGACGCUGCUGAAUGAGACAGAAGCUCUGAAGUCCUACCUGGACAGAGAGGAUGCCUUCUUCUACUCGCUGGUGUAUGACCCUCAGCAGAAGACCCUGCUGGCUGAUAAGGGGGAGAUCCGUGUGGGGAACAAGUACCAGGCCGACAUCACAGACCUCCUGAAAGAAGGUGAGGAUGAUGACAGGGACCUGGCCAAGCUGGAGGAAAGGGUCUGGGAUCCCAGCAGCUCGCUGACAGAGAAGCAGAUCGACCAGUUCUUAGUUGUAGCUCGGUCAGUAGGUACAUUCGCCAGAGCCCUCGACUGCAGUAGUUCUGUCCGGCAGCCCAGCCUUCACAUGAGUGCUGCUGCAGCCUCUAGAGAUAUCACCUUGUUCCACGCCAUGGACACCCUCCACGCCACGGGCUACGACAUGACACGGGCCAUCGCAGCGCUGGUGCCUCAGGGCGGGCCCGUUCUCUGCAGGGACGAGAUGGAGGAGUGGAGCGCCUCGGAGGCCAACUUGUUCGAAGAAGCAUUGGAGAAAUACGGCAAGGACUUCACCGAUAUCCAGCAGGACUUUCUGCCCUGGAAAUCUCUGACCAGUAUUAUCGAAUAUUACUACAUGUGGAAGACCACAGACAGAUAUGUACAGCAGAAACGGUUAAAAGCAGCGGAGGCGGAGAGCAAGUUGAAGCAGGUCUACAUCCCUAACUAUAACAAGCCCAACCCCAACCAGCUGAGUAACAGUGUAAAGCCCGCUCUGGUCAAUGGAGCAGCAGGUACCGGCGUCCCUGGACCUCCAGGUCAGACCCCUGGCCUGGGCCGAGCCUGUGAAAGCUGCUACACCAGCAGCUCCUACCAGUGGUACUCCUGGGGUCCUCCCAACAUGCAGUGUCGUCUGUGCGCGUCUUGCUGGACCUACUGGAAGAAGUAUGGAGGUCUAAAGAUGCCCACCAGGCUGGACGGAGAGAGGCCUGGACCCAACCGUAACAACAUGAGCCCCCAUGGCCUGCCCUUGCGGCACAGCGGCAGCCCCAAGUUUGCUGUGAAGACACGACAGGCUUUCUACCUGCAGACCACCGGCCUGACGAGGGCAGCACGGCGCCUCUGCCAGGAUAUCAUCAGGCCACGCUACCUGGCCAGGCACCCCUACCUCCCUGUCAACACAGCAGCUAUCAAGGCAGAAUGUGCUCUGAGGUUGCCAGAUUGGCCAAAAAAGCCUUUGCCACUGAAACCUGUGGAGCGUAAACCCCUGGAGUCAGUGGUCCGAUAUUUAGAAGCACACCCCCGUCCAGCCAAACCAGACCCCCCAGCUCGCGGAGGGUCCAUCUCCAUGGGCAGCCUGACGCCCAUAAAAUCUUCUCCCAUCCUCAACAAUGGCUCACCCACCAUCCUGGGCAAACGCACCUACGAACAGCACAAUGGACUGGAUGGCACUAAAUCCAAAGCCCUGGCUCCGCAGUGGGACAUCAUGGCCAAACGGGUGAGUGAACCAGGACGUCCCACGGGCCCCAUGCAGGACGAGGUGCAUGAAUUGGACUGACCACUCUAUGGGAAUGACCUCUAUUACAAACCCCAGUGAGCAAAAUGGGACAUCAAAUGGAAGGCAUUUUCCAAUAAAGCAAGGCCGAGGGAAGCUGGAUGGAGAGGAGACGACAGUAUUGGCCGCCUGGCUUCAGUCCGCAUGGGUCUGUCAGACUGUUGAAGACCAACCAAUCGUCUUUGCAAACGGAGUUUAGUUGCGGUCAUCACAAGAUGAGCCUGACUGUACAGGACUGUGUUUAUUACUUACAUUUCUCGUUAUUACUGUCAUUGUAAUUAUUAUUAUUGUUAUUAUAAUUUUUUCUACCAACUAUAACUCAGAAGCUUAUUGUUUAAUUGUCGAUCAAACGAUGAAACUUACGAAAGUUUCGUGAAAACAUGCUUGCAAAACCCUGUGGAAAAGGGUGGAAGGACUGUAACAUAAGCCACUUGCAUCUUCUUCUUCGUCUUUAUCUUUUUUCUUUUUUUUUUUUUUAUUACAAGUUGGAUUCUGCAAGGUUCAAUCCUGCAAGGAGACGCACUUUUAUUUCAGCAACACAAGUAACUCCUUGUCCUCUGUUAUGAUUUUGAAUGCUUUACGGGAUUCUUCUGUUUUGUGAGCCAGCCUUGUUCUUUGGCCAGAGAGGUUUAACUUAUUGAGAAAGACUUGCUGUUUUUUCUACCUUUUUCACAAGUAAUGCAUCUAUGCUUCGAUAAUAUAAUUAAAAAAGAUAAUUGAU